UGCCAGUCGCGCUCGCGCGUACGCGAACGCUUCGGGAUUCUUCCACGACGGCAACGCCGCCACUACCAUCUCAUCUGUGUGCGCGAGCCACGCUGCGCAUUUAAAGACCCCUUAUCCGCUAAUCGCUAUAUACACACAUACACGCGCGCGAGAGGGACGACUGACGAGAGUGACGAGUCUAGAGCGCAGCUCUUUAUUUGUAAACACACAAGUGCACCGACGAGGAACACUACGCGACGACGAGCCCGGGGAGAAGGAAACAGAGACAGAGACUAGGGCUGUGCAGAAAAAGAAGAGAAGAGCGGCGCGCAGUAACAAAUAAGUCUGCAACGGCGGCGGCUAGCGAGAAAUAUUCAUCAGCGAGAAAACAUGGAGGCGUACGAGGAUCGGCAAAAAGACUGGGAGGAGCUGGAGGUGACACGCGAGGAGCUCGACAGCCUGACCGAGUGCAUGAAGAAGGACGAGUUCCGCAAGCUGCUGCUCGAGUACGCCGAGGAAGUGAGCGACCCGGAGAACCGGGCGCGAUACGAGUCGGAGAUCCGGCAGUUGGAGCGCGAGCGAGGCGUCGACGUCACCUUCGUCAACCCCGAGCCGGGUUACGUCAUUAAAACCAGCCUCGACGGCAGGCUCAAGUGCUUCCUCAACGUCGGCCAGAGCGAGCACGUCGGCAAGCCCAGCAGCACCAAUAAGUGCCGAGACGAUUCCACCUCCAACGGACCGGCGGCGGGUCUCAGCUGGUCGAUACCCUACAUACUCGCGCCGCCUCGAGACGACCUCGACAAGAGCAGGCAGCGCUGCAGAGUCUUCGACGUCGUCUUCCACCCGGACACCCUUUACCUCGCCGAGAGGAACUCCAGGUUCCGGCAGAUCGUCAACGACACCGCGCUCGACGGCGUCGAGAACAGCUUCAAGGUUAAGCUGGACCGUAAGAAUUUGAAAUUUCCAAAAAUGACUUUCAAAGGAGUCAGUCAACCUACUGUCAUUAGGAAACCAUGCGAGAAGCCAGCCGAGAAGUUAGAUAUAGAGCCAGAAAUAUAUCAAAAACUGAUGUCCACUUACGACGAGAAGAGGGAGCGACGGUCGAAAAGCAUGGAAGGGAAGUUUGUAAAAGGUGCUCCAACAACUAAAUAUUACAAUUCAAGAACCGAUGAGACUGAGAACAAUAAUUCCGAGUACACAACACCAAAAUUCAUUGUGAAGCAUCAGAGUAAUCUUAAGAUGGAUGAAUUCAUGGAAUCCAGAGAUGCCAAAAUGCAUUCAGCAAUACCAGAAAACUUGGUUAUCGACAUUAAUCUUCCAUUGUUGAAAACAGCUGCAGAUGCAGUAUUGGAUGUACAGGAACGACACCUGUCACUGAAAAGCGAAAGGCCAGCAAAAUAUAAUUUAGAGUUGCCUCUGUCCCACCGAGUGGAUCCUGACAAUGGUAAUGCAAAAUUUGAUUCCAAAUUAAGAAAGUUAAUAGUCACUUUACCAGUGAUCCGCCAGAAAUCUUUCUUGGGUGACGCAAAGGAAGAUAGCGGUGUUGAGAGUGAUCAUGGUAGUCCGGUGCCAGAAUCAGAAGACAUAAGCAAUCAAUUGACACAAGAGGAAUCAAAUGAUUGUCAGAACUUACAAAAUUCAUUGAUUUGUGAUAUAAGUGAAAAUAAUAAUUUGCAAAGUGAUUGUGCUGACACAGCAUUACGGACUAACAAAGAUUCUAAUGCGAAUGCUUUGUUCAUGAACCCCAAUGUUAAGUAUUCUCUUCCAGCAUUCACCUGCAACCUAUACGAUAAUGUAUUAGCUGUUACAGUACAUGCAAAAAAUGUAGAUUCAGAAUCUAUUAAUCACAGAAUGUUAGAAAACAAUGCUGGACUUCACAUUUUACUCAGUUCUAUGGGAACAGGAUUUUUCCCAAUUUAUUAUUCAUUAUGUUUAAAAAUAGAGAAAGAUGCUGUAAUACCUGACACCUUGACAGUGGAACCUUGGGACAAUAAUGUAGUGAUAUCUGUCAAAAUCAAAAAUGCGGAAACAAUGUCACGUUACUUUGCUGGUAUGGAUGAAAGAUUUAUGGAAGCUAAAGAAUUAUCAGCAGGUGCAUCCAUAAAAAAUAAGCUACAGGCAUUAACUGAAGAUCCAGAAUUAGAAACUGAUAAAAAUGUUGAGGUAAUCAGAAGUGAAAAGGAAGUGACUGUUAAUGUCCGCACUCAAAGUUUAGAUUCUGAUGACGAAGAUGAUCAUGAAAAUCAAUCUUAUUCGCAAGAAGAGCGAAAAAGAAGUUUCGCUCAGUCACGGUCUGUAUCCGAGAGCAGCGGAGACGAACUUCCAAGCAGUAUUGGUAGCGGCAGCGGAAGCGCAAGAUAUAAAAGUAUCUUAAAAUCACGUUUUUCACGGUCCGUUUCAGAAUCGAGCAUUGAUGAAAACACUGCCCCGUUUUCUUGUCCAUCGGUUACAUUCAAUCAUUCUAUAAGCGAAUUUUAUUCGGAGUCUGAAGGAUCGAGCUUAAAAAAAACUGUUAGAUUCAACGACGUAGUCUCUCGUCAGUUGUACAGGUCAAAUUCAAGUAUCUUGGGUCAACGCAAAAAAAAUCAACGUAAACUUAGAAACAAAAAGCGAGCCCAUGACCGUCGCUUAAGCGAAAGCGAGAAUUCGGAAACGGACGAACGCGAAAAGUACAAAGUGGAGACUAAAAACGAGUCCGAACGAAACGCGUCAGACGCGGUUCGACCGAUACUCCACCAAGCGAAUAAGCGUACAGAGACCCAAAAAACUGCCAACAUUGAGAUCGAGCGGUCACCUCGCAGCGCCAACAAGCGGAAACAAAAGCGCAACGCGGAAUCGAGCGCCGCUACGAAAAAGCACGAUGAGAAGACUGAGAACAAUUCCGAGGCGGAAGAGUCGUUCGAAUCUAAAAAUGAUCUGAUGUUCGACCUCGACAUUUAAAAGUAAAAUACUUUAUAAAAUUAUUAUAAUGCAUCAUAUGUCGAGGAAGGCGACGUCGAUAAUAGCCCAGCGUGUGAUAAGAUUUCUAGUUUAACUAUAACGUAGACGGAAGAUUGAUGCCUUGGUAAAGAUGCGACUGAAAUAAAGUUCUUUUUUUUUUUAUAAAAGAUCGUAUAACUUUAUAAAAAUAAGAAAAGAAAUACCGUGUAAUCGAGUCUUGGAUUUGGUAGUAGAAUUGCUGGAUCAAUAUCGAAUAUUCUACGUAUUAUAUUGCAUAAUCGAUUUAUCAAACAAAUUUCUACUUAGAUUUAUACAUAAGCUAUUAUAAUGCGAACGUUUACAUGCGAUUAUCGGAGUAAAGUAGGGAUAAAAUAUAAGAAAACGACAAAAAAAAAGUUAAAAACGUUAGUAGCCGCUCGUUAAUGAAUUUAUAUGCCAUGCGCAAUCGUAUACACCGUUCUUGGCAUUUUUACUUCUGAAGCUCGUAAAAUUUUAACGCGCGCUGAGAAAAAUUAACGUUUUUUAGUCAUGACAGUCGAAAUUGUACAAAUAUUAGUUCAUACCAUAUGAACGUUAAAACGUAAAAAGAAUUUUUCUUUUCCCGAUUGAGGAUGAGGAAAUUAAUACCUGUCCCUUUCGCGAGAGCAAAAACAUGUUCCUUCAAACUUGUGAAGUUUGCACGCACACGUACGCGAGAGAUAAAGAGAAACGUGACAGCACGCUCGCGCCGUUUGAUAAUAACCGCACGAUUGUUUACCUUAUCGAGUUUGUUCUACACUUCACAUUAGAUGAACGCUUUCGUUCAUGUAUUCACGCGUCCAUCAUUUGUUGCGCGUGCGGCACAUAUGCGAGAAAGCGAGCGAGAAAAAUUGUAUUUUUAUUCGAGGUGCUAGAAAAAGAACGUUCAACAAGGCAAGCCUUACGUACUUUUUGAUUAUUUUAUCUUGAAUUAUUAGUUAUGUUUUACAGUUGUUAAGUUUCUAUUUUUUUUUCUUUUAAAUUUAAAACUGCUGGCUUGGCAAUUGAUGAUAUUUUGAAAUUGGAAAUUCAAUAACAUUUAUGUAAACUACAUAUAAAUGCAUGUAUUUUCUAAUAUAAACAUACCACGUUAAAUUUGAAAAAUUCUGGUAUCUACUGUUAGUAUCCGCGAUACUAAUUUUUUAUGCACGACAUUGUUUUUACUCGUACUGAUAUACACAGUAUCAACAUGAAAUAUUAUGCAGAUCAAAUUUGGAUAGUGUUCUUAAAGCAGAUCAUCUUUGAGAUAUUUUGCACUGAGAGUAAAGGUCGUUGAAAUCGAUUUUCUAGCAUCGCUGGUUUUAUGAAGCUUGGCGAAUAAGCCAUCAAAAGUAAUGAAUACUAAUGUUAAAAGAGGCGCUGAGCGUAAAUUAUGUGAAAAGUGAUUGAGUAUAAUUUUCAAAUAAAUAGAUGAUAAUAAAAUGAUAAA